AUGGAGAGAAGGAGAGGGGGAGAAGGAGAGAGGAGAGAAGGUGAGUGUGGGCUGAAGAAUGACGCUGUAUCCACCCAAGUAUAAAGCCCUCUGAAUGUAUGAAUGAACAAUGAACAAUGGGCUCUGUGUGUGUGUGUGUGUGUGUGUGUGUGUGCGUGCGUGCGUGCGUGCGCGUGUGUUGGAGAUACUGUAAGUUUCUGAUGUCACGGCUCUCAGUACAGUGCAGUAGCCUACUCACACACACACAUUUACAGUAGAGAGCCACGUCAUUAGGGAGUGGUAAGAAGCAUGAUCGAGUGACGCCGGUGUAUGUGUAUAUCUGAGAAACACACUCUGACACACUCUCACAGCCUUAGUCAGGAGAAGUAUUUGUAUUGCUGGUCCCUACAGAGACAACACACCCUAACCAAUCAGACCACUUCAUCACACACAUGACGUGACCUCACUCCUCACUCACUGUUGUCUUGGCGACCGCUAACCCAGAUUGAGGAACUAUCCCAGAUUGAGGAACUAUCCCAGGUCGAGGAAUUAGCCCAGGUUGAGGAACUAACCCAGGUUGAGGAACUAACCCAGGUUGAGGAACUAAGCCAGGUUGAGGAAUUUAUACCAGGUUGAGGAAUUUAUACCAGGUUGAGGAACUAACCCAGGAUGAGGAACUAACCCAGAUUGAGGAACUAGCCCAGGUUGAGGUACUGGCCCAGGUUGCGGAACUGGCCCAGGUUGAGAAACUAACCCAUGUUGAUGAACUAGACCAGGUUGAGUAAUUUAUACCAGGUUGAGGAACUAACCCAGGAUGAGGAACUAGCUCAGGUUGAGGAACUAGCUCAGGUUGAGGUACUAGCCCAGGAUGAGGAACUAGCCCAGGUUGAGGAACUAGCCCUCUAGAGGGAUAAAUGGAACCAUAUUGCCAUGAAUCUGAUACCAACACCAUUGCUUUCACAUGUGUGAAGGUGACAAGGGAGUGAGGAAUCGGGUCAACUCAAUUGCCAAGUGCUUAAGGAACAUGAAUUUUAACAUGAAACAAUCUCUCUCUCCCUCUAUCUCGCCAUCCCCCCCCCCCCCCCCCCCCCCCCCCCCCCCCCUUUCAGAACGCUCUGUCAGAGGUGGUCAGUAAGCUACAGUCGUGUACCCCUCACUUUGUGGAGUGUGUGCGUCCCAACAGCAGUGGCACGGCAGACUGCUUUGACAGUUUCCACGUGUCUACCCAGCUGCAGUAUGUAGGGGUGCUGGAGAUGGUCCGGAUGAUCCGCUAUGGCUACCCUGUACGCCUGCCCUUCAACGGCUUCCUCACCAGGUAGGUGGCACAAUACACUACAGGCUGCUCCUGUUGAACUAGAGUUAGUAGAAAAUAUAUUACAAUGAUCCAUAAUGGAUUUAUCCUGGCCUCCAUUUAGGCCCCUAUCCUAUCCCUUUAGAUCUCUAAACAACGGCGAUGGGGAAAUUGUCUGAAAAUCUGUAUAAAUCUGAUAGGUGUAAACAAGAUGUUUAUGGGUCCACCUUGCCUUGCAAUAGGACUUGGGAAGGUUCCACCAUAUGCUUCCACUUAUCCAGUCUUUUCAGAUCUGUGAAGACUGAAGGGGUAGAGGCUAGGGGAAAGGGAUAUGGGCUGAAAUGGAUCCAGGCCUGUGAGUAUGGUGGGUCACUGUGGCCUCUGUGUGAUGGGGGGAUGGUAGCACCAUAGGGAGGAUCAAAAAGACUCUGCCUUCUCUCUGCCUUCUCACAGGCCUUUUUUGUUUGUUUUUGUUAACUAGGCAAGUCAGUUAAGAACAAAUUCUUAUUUACAAUGACGGCCUACCCCGGCCAAACCCAGACUACGCUGGGCCAAUUGUGUGCCGCCCUAUGGGACUCCCAAUCACAGCCGGAUUGUGAUACAGCCUGGAAACGAAUCAGGGUCUGAAGUGACGCCUCUAGCACUGAGAUGCAGUGCCAUAGACCACUGCGCCACUCGGGAGCCCCUUUUAUGGCACACGUUUUACUCUUGUUGGGUUCCCCCCCAAACAAGCACACAUGCACAAAUGCACGCACGCACAAACACAGACACAUACAAUGGUUAGGUGGAAGUGACCUACUUCGUAGUUCUUCAGGUCUGUGUGACCAGGACAGAAGUACAGUCCAUCUUUACAUAGAGUCAACAUAUCUCUCUCUCUCUCUCUCUCUCUCUCUCUCUCUCUCUCUCUCUCUCUCUCUCUCUCUCUCUCUCUCUCUCUCUCUCUCUCUCUCUCUCUCUCUCUCUCUCUCUCUCUCUCUCUCUCUCUCUCUCUCUCUCGCUCUCUUUCUUUCAUAGCUAACCGACAGGUCACUGUGAUCCUUAAUGUAGCAAGCACAAAGUGGUCUCAAUCAAUAACACUAAUCUCAUAAAGGAUGUCUUGAGGAGAUGGGAAAUAGUGAGUGUGUGUCAAAUAAAAUAACAUUAUAUUUGUCACAUACACGUGUUUAGCAGAUGUUAUAAUAAUAAUAUGCCAUUUAGCAAAGCUUUUGUCCAAAGCGACUUACAGUCAUGUGUGCAUACAUUUUUACGUAUGGGUGGUCCCAGGGAUCGGACCCACUUCCCUGGUGUUACAAGCGCCAUGCUCUACCAAUUGAGCUACAGAGGUGCUUGUGAAAUGCUUGUGCUUCAAGCUCCGACAGUGCGUUAAUAUCUAACAAGUAAUAUCUAACAAUUUCACAACAUAUACCUAAUAAAGACAAAACUAGUAAGGAAUGGAAUUUAAGAAAAUAUACAUACAGUGGGGAGAGCAAGUAUUUGAUACACUGCCGAUUUUGCAGGAUUUCCUACUUACAAAGCAUGUAGAGGUCUGCCAUUUUUAUCAUAAGUACACUUAAACUGUGAGAGACGGAAUCUAAAAUUGUUUGAUUUUUAAGUAAUUAAUUAGCAUUUUAUUGCAUGACAUAAGUAUUUGAUACAUCAGAAAAGCAGAACUUAAUAUUUGGUACAGAAACCUUUGUUUGCAAUUACAGAGAUCAUACGUUUCCUAUAGGUCUUGACCAGGUUUGCACAAACUGCAGCAGGGAUUUUGGCCCACUCCUCCAUACAGACCUUCUCCAGAUCCUUCAUUUUUCGGGGCUGUCGCUGGGCAAUACGGACUUUCAGCUCCCUCCAAAGAUUUUCUAUUGGGUUCAGGUCUGGAGACUGGCUAGGCCACUCCAGGACCUUGAGAUGCUUCUUACGGAGCCACUCCUUAGUUGCCCUGGCUGUGUGUUUUGGGUUGUUGUCAUGCUGGAAGACCCAGCCACGACCCGUCUUCAAUGCUCUUACUGAGGGAAGGAGGUUGUUGGCCAAGAUCUCGCGAUACAUGGCCCCAUCCAUCCUCCCCUCAAUACGGUGCAGUCGUCCUGUCCCCUUUGCAGAAAAGCAUCCCCAAAGAAUGAUGUUUCCACCUCCAUGCUUCAUGGUUGGGAUGGUGUUCUUGGGGUUGUACUCAUCCUUCUUCUUCCUCCAAACACGGCGAGUGGAGUUUAGACCAAAAAGCUCUAUUUUUGUCUCAUCAGGCCACAUGACCUUCUCCCAUUCCUCCUCUGGAUCAUCCAGAUGGUCAUUGGCAAACUUCAGACGGGCCUGGACAUGCGCUGGCUUGAGCAGGGGGACCUUGCGUGCGCUGCAGGAUUUUAAUCCAUGAUGGCGUAGUGUGUUACUAAUGGUUUUCUUUGAGACUGUGGUCCCAGCUCUCUUCAGGUCAUUGACCAGGUCCUGCCAUGUAGUUCUGGGCUGAUCCCUCACCUUCCUCAUGAUCAUUGAUGCCCCACGAGUUGAGAUCUUGCAUGGAGCCCCAGACCGAGGGUGAUUGACCGUCAUCUUGAACUUCUUCCAUUUUCUAAUAAUUGCGCCAACAGUUGUUACCUUCUCACCAAGCUGCUUGCCUAUUGUCCUGUAGCCCAUCCCAGCCUUGUGCAUGUCUACAAUUUUAUCCCUGAUGUCCUUACACAGCUCUCUGGUCUUGGUCAUUGUGGAGAGGUUGGAGUCUGUUUGAUUGAGUGUGUGGACAGGUGUCUUUUAUACAGGUAACGAGUUCAAACAGGUGCAGUUAAUACAGGUAAUGAGUGGAGAACAGGAGGGCUUCUUAAAGAAAAACUAACAGGUCUGUGAGAGCCGGAAUUCUUACUGGUUGGUAGGUGAUCAAAUACUUAUGUCAUGCAAUAAAAUACAAAUUAAUUACUUAAAAAUCAUACAAUGUGAUUUUCUGGAUUUUUGUUUUAGAUUCCGUCUCUCACAGUUGAAGUGUACCUAUGAUAAAAAUCACAGACCUCUACAUGCUUUGUAAGUAGGAAAACCUGCAAAAUCGGCAGUGUAUCAAAUACUUGUUCUCCCCACUGUAUAUGGACAAGCAAUCACAGAGCGGCAUGGACUAAGAUACAGUAGAAUAUCAUAGAAUAGAAUGCAGUAUAUACAUAUGAGAUGAGUAGUGCAAGAUAUGUAAACAUUAUUCAAGUGACUGUAAACAUUAUUAAAGUGUUCAAUUUCUUAAAGUGGCCAGUGAUUUAAAUAGGCAGCAGCAUCCUCUAAUGUGCAAUUGAUGGCUAUUUCAUAGUCUGAUGGCAUUGAGAUAGAAGCUGUUUUUCAUUCUCUCGGUCCCAGCUUUGAUGCACCUGUAGUAUGAUAGCGGGGUAAACAGGCAGUGGCUCGGGUGGUUGAUGUCCUUGAUGAUCUUUUUGGCCUUCCUGUGACAUCGGCUGCUGUAUGUGUCUUGGAGGGCAGGUAGUUUGCCCCCGAUAAUGUGUUCGGCAGACCACGCCACCCUCUGGAGAGCCCUGCGGUUGCGGGCGGUGCAGUUGCCGUACCAGGUGGUGAUACAGCCCGACAGGAUGCUCUCAAUUGUGCAUCUGUAAAAGUUUGUGUGGGUUUUAGGUGCCAAGCUGAAUUUCUUUAGCCUCCUGAGAUUGAAGAGGCUCUGUUGCGCCUUCUUCCCACACUGUCUGCGUGGGUGGACCAUUUCAGUUUGUCGGUGAUGUGUACGCCAAGGAACCUGAAGCUUUCCACCUUCUCCACUGCGGCCCCGUCGAUAUGGAUAGGGGGGUGCACCCACUGCUGUUUCCUGAAGUCCACGAUCAUCUCCUUUGUUUUGUUGACGUUGAGUGAGAGGUUAUUUUCCUGGCACCACAUUCCCAGUGCCCUCACCUCCUCCCUGUAGGCGGUCUCGUCAUUGUUGGUAAUCAAGCCUACUACUGUUGUGUCAUCUGCAAACUUGAUGAUUGAGUUGGAGGCGUGCUUGGCCACGCAGUCAUGGGUGAACAGGGAGUACAGGAGGGGGCUUGGCACGCACCCUUGUGGAUCAGCGAAGUGGAGAUGUUGUUUCUUACCUCCACCACCUGGGGUCAGCCCGUCAGGAAGUCCAGGACCCAGUUGCACAGGGCGGGGUUCAGACCCAGGGCCUCGAGCUUGAUGAUGAGCUUGGAGAGUACUAUGGUGUUGAAUGCUGAGCUAUAGUCAAUGAACAGCAUUCUUACAUAGGUAUUCCUCUUGUCCAGAUGGGAUAGGGCAGUGUGCAGUGUGAUGGUGAUUGCAUCGUCUGCGGAUCUAUUGGGGCGGUAAACAAAUUGAAGUGGGUCUAGGGUGACAGGUAGGGUAGAGGUGAUAUGAUCCUUGACUAGUCUCUCAAAGCACUUUAUGAUGACAGAGGUGAGUGCUACAGGGCGAUAGUCAUUUAGUUCAGUUACCUUUGCUUUCUUGGGUACAGGAACAAUGGUGGCCAUCUUGAAGCAUGUGGGAACAGCAGACUGGGAAAGGGAGAGAUUGAAUAUGUCCAUAAACACACCAGCAAGCUGGUCUGCGCAUGCUCUGAGGACGUGGCUAGGAAUGCCGUCUGGGCCGGCAGCCUUGCGGGGGUUAACAUGCUUAAAUGUCUUAAUCACCUCAGCCACGGAGAAGGAGAGGCCACAGUCCUUGGUAGUGGGCCUCGUCAGUGGCACUGUGUUAUCCUCAAAGCUGGCGAAGAAGGUGUUUAGCUUGUCUGGAAUUGAGACGUCGGUGUCGGCGACGUGGCUGGUUUUCCUUUUGUAGUCCGUGAUUGUCUGUAGACCCUGUCACAUACGUCUCGUGUCUGAGCCAUUGAAUUGCGACUCCACUUUGUGUCUAUACUGAUGUUUUGCCAGUUUAAUUGCCUUGCGGAGUGAGUAGCUACACUAUUUGUAUUCUGCCAAAUUUCCAGUCACCUUGCCAUGGUUGAAUGCGGUGGUUCGCGCUUUCAGAUUGGUGCGAAUGCUGCCAUCUAUCCAUGGUUUCUGGUUAGGGUAGGUUUUAAUAGUCACUGUGGGCACAACAUCACCUAUACACUUCCUGAAAAACUCAGUCACCGUUUCAGUGUAUUCAUCUAAAUUAUUUUCGGAAGCUACUCGGAACAUAUCCCAGUCCGCGUGAUCAAAACAAUCUUGAAGCGUGUAUUCCGAUUGGUCAGACCAGCGUUGAAUAGUCCUUAGCACGGGUAUUUCCUGUUUGAGUUUCUGCCUAUAGGAAGGGAGAAGCAAAAUGGAGUCAUGGUCAGAUUUGCCGAAAGGAGGGCGAGGGAGGGCCUUAUAACAAUCCCGGAAGUUCGAAUUGCAAUGGUCGAGGGUUUUGGCAGCGCGAGUACAACAGUCGAUAUGUUGGUAGAACUUCGGCAGCCUAGUCCUCAAAUUUGCUUUGUUAAAAUCCCCGGCUACAAUAAAUGCAGCCUCAGGAUAUGUGGUUUCCAGUUUGCAUAAAGUGCAGUGAAGUUCUUUGAGGGCCGUCGUGGUAUCGGCUUGUGUGUGAUGGGUGCAGUGUUAAUUUCGUCAACAAUAACUACAAUGAAAAAUUCUCAUCAGCUACCUAUUUUUCCUAUCGAAACCUAAUGACGAUAACGAGACGAGAUGCCUUGAAAAAAACAGUAACUAUUACCAAUUACAUUUAAUUUUAGCUGACGAAAAUGUGUCAAGACGAUGAUUCCACGUGAGAGUAAUGGACAUUAAAUUUGACAUGGAGCUCAUUUUCAUCAGUUUUGUCCAAUCAUACGCAUGCAUCCCUUUGCAGAAUAUAUAAUGCAAUCCUCUCAUUUGCCGAUAACUUCUUUCUGUUGCGCAGGCUAAUUGAGUUGAUCUGGCUCUCCCACACAGAUUCCCAGUCACUUAUCUCGGUCUCUCUUUUGAACUGAUGCGCAGCCAGGACACUUCAAUUGUAACAAACUAACCUCAGUUAGAAACAACAAUGUCUUUGAUAAUCUUUGCUUUCAUAUAGGUAAUUUUUGCUCUGAUCACAUCAGAAGCUCUAUUUUGCCAUGUGUGCUGUCUUUUGUUUGGCCCUCUUGCUGUUAGCAAUAGCAAGUUGUUGUUGCUUUUUUCCAAUUGGAAAAACAAAUGCUUUUUGCUGAACAUUAGGAGUAUAAUACUUCUGGCAUUGUUGGAAAGCUAAUAUUCUCCCCCUUUCAAGGAAAUCACUGUUAUUUACCCCCCUCUGACAGUUAUGAUGGGGAGAAAAUCAGAGCUAAAUGGUUUAACCUGCAGGCUUUGUAUCCUAUAGCCUAUGGUUAAUUAUGGAUGGCAUUGGUUAACAUGUUUCCAGCUAAGGUAUACUAGGUGAUAGCAGGCCUAGGCUAUCUGAAUGAGCAUCUGAUGCAAGAAUGCAAACAAUGUACUGACUAAAACGUGACUAAAACUAGACUAAAAUUGUCCAGUGUUUUCGUCAACUGAUAAUAACUCAAAUUAACGAAGGAUGAAAUUACUAAAAUGUGACUAAGACUAAAAUAUAUUUUAAGACUAAAACUAAAUCUAAAAUAGCUGCCAAAAUGAACACUGGAUGGGUGCAAGCCUGCUGUACCUGUUAAAUACACAUCACCAUCUCCCAAAUGUCACCCUGACACACAGACCCUGACACACACACACAUACACGUGCAAGUCUGUAACAUGUCAGAGUAACUUCUGAAGAGGUUCAUAGUGUCCUCCACUAAACUUGAUCAUUAUUUCUCUCUUUUGUUCUUCCUUUUAUCUGAAAUCCCCUUCAUUCCUUCUAUAACACCUAAUCUCUCCGUUAUUACUGGGUAUUCCUGUCUGUUUCUUGGAUAUACUGUACAUGUAUUUUAGUCUUUGUGAUAGAGGGAGAGAGUUUUUCUUCCUUAUGGUUGAGCUCCCUUCAUCUCUCUUUGUCUCUCUCAUUCACGCCUCUCUCUCUCUCUUUCUGUCCCCCAUGUCUCUCUCUCUCCCCUCUCCAUCCUCUCCCCAUCUCUCCCUCACCAUAUCAAUUCAAUUCAAUUCAAAGGGCUUUAUUGUCAUGGGAAACAUAUGUUUACAUUGCUAAAGCACGUGAAAUAGACAAGAAAUGAAAGGGAAAUAAGCAAGGGAAAUAAACAAUAAAAAAUUAACAGUAAACUUUACACUCACAGAAAUGUUAAAAGAAUAUAGACAUUUCAAAUGUUAUAUUAUUGGCAAUGUUGUGACAAUGUGCAAAUAGUUGAAGUAUGAAAGGGAAAAUAAAUAAACAGAUAAAUAUAGGUUUUAUUUACAAUGGGGUUUGUGCUCCACUGGUUGCCCUUUUCUCGUGGCAACAGGUCACACAUCUUGCUGCUGUGGUGGUACACUGUGAUAUUUCACCUAAUAGAGGGAGUUUAUCAAGAUUGGAUUUGUUUUCAAAUUCUUUGUGGAUCUGUGUAAUCUGAGGGAAAUAUGUGCCUCUGAUAUGUUCAUACAGUUGGCAGGGGUUUAGGAAGUGCAUCUCGGUUUCCACCUCAUUUUGUGGGCAGUGGGCACAUAGCCUGUCUUAUCUUGAGAGCCAGGUUUGCCGAUGGCAGCCUCUCUCGAUAGCAAGGCCAUGCUCACUGAGUCUGUACAUAGUCAAAGCUUUCCUUAAGUUUGGGUCAGGUAUUCUGCCACUGUGUACUCUUUGUUCAGGGCCAAAUAACAUUCCAGUUUGCUCUGGUUUUGUGUUGAUUCUUUCCAAUGGGUCAAGUAAUUAUCUUUUUGUUUUCUCAUGAUUAGGUUGGGUCUAAUUGUGUUUCUGUCCUGGGGCUCUGUGGGGUCUGUUUGUGUUUGUGAGCAGAGUCCCCGUACCAGCUGGCAGAGGACUCUUCUCCAGGUCCAUCUCUCUGUAGGUGAGGGCUUUGUUAUGGAAGGUUUGAGAAUCACUUAUUUUUAGGUGGAUGUAGAAUGUAAUUUCUCUUUUCUGGAUUUUGAUAAUUAGCAGGAAUCGUCCUAAUUCUGCUCAAAUAAUUCAUGCAUUAUUUGGUGUUUUAUAUUGUACACGGAGGAUGUUUUUGCAGAAUUCUGCAUGCAGAGUCUCAAUUUGGUGUUUGUCCCAUUUUGUGAAUUCUUGGUUGGUGAAUGGACCGCAGACCUCACAACCAUAAAGGGCAAUGGGUUCUAUAACUGAUUCAAGUAUUUUAAGCCAGAUCCUAAUUGGGAUGUCAAAUGUUAUGUUCCUUUUGAUGGUGUAGAAGGCCCUUCUUGCCUUGUUUCUCAGAUCAUCCACAGCUUUGUGGAAGUUACCUAUGCUGCUGAUGUUUAGGCAGAGGUAGGUAUAGUUUUUUGUGUGCUCUAUGGCAGUGUCUAUGUGGAAUUUGUAUUUAUGGUCCUGGCAACUGGACCUUUUUUGGAACACCAUUAUUUUUUGUCUUACUGAGAUUAAUUGUUAGGGCCCAAGUCUGACAUAAUCUGUGCAGAAGAUCUAGGUGCAUAUCACUCUCUGUCUCUCCCACUCUCUCUCCCUCUCUCUCUCCCUCUCUCGCUCUCUCUCUCUGAGGAUAAAGGGAUUACCGAGUACAUUCCUGCCAGAUAAUGAGAGAGGACACACACACACACUGGUCACAUGACCUCUCAAAAAUUUCCACUACCCCUGACGGAGUAAACACCAUUGUGCUCUCAGAAGUCCUGCCAGGACACACUUAAACGCUCACACACACAAUCCAUGCACACACACACACUCACGCACACACUCACACACACACUCUCUCUCUCAUGCAUGCAGAAACACAUACACACACACACUUCACACCCUGUCUAAAGUAAUAACAUUGUACGCAGACACACACACACAUUUCCCCCUGGUGUCUAAUGGUGGAAUGUUAGUCUUUGAUGAUAGACUAGGUUUUCCUCUUAAAACCGUGUAAUGCUGACUAGCUAAUGGUUACUGCCAGAUUAACUAAGUAUGUUAUUACUUAUAACUAAGUGUCUUAUUGUUAGCUCAUUGUUAUAAACAACGUAAUGCUAAUAACAUAUUUAAACACUCCAGUCACGCUGAGUUGACGGACAACUGAAAGAAAGGAUGCAGAGAACGGCUGGUUGAUUGGAUGAACAGUGAAUGGAUAUGGAUGGUGGGAUAAUAGACAGAUCUGUAUGCAGCCAGUCUCUACUCUGUACCACCACAGUUGUUUUGAUGGAGGUCCAUUGUAGAAUCUAAUCUGUUGUUGGCAGAGCUGUAAUUGAAUGAUGCCUGAUCGGUGUGUGUGUGUCGUUUGUGUUGUACUGGUGUGUGUAAAGAGGGGUGUGACUGUAUGAAGAGCAGUGGGUGUAGGGAGACAUGGGAUACAAAGUGGUGUGUUGCUUGGGGGAGGGGGGUGAUUGGGUGUAUGGUCGACAGUUAGGUUAGCAUCACAAAGGGGUGCCAGCCCCCCGGUGAAGUUGGGUUGUCUGGCGCUGGGGUGUCUGUUUCUGUACGUCUGAGUCUGUGUGUUGGUGUCCGGCGUUGGUGGUUGGUCAGACUGAUUGUGAUGGUAAUAUACUAGCCAUUGGCUGCUUGUCUGAGCGCCAGGCCAAUUUGCAUGACUUUUGUAGAGUUUGGCUCUGAAUAAACUGUUUGCUCUGUAUGUUAAUCAUCAUUCUCAAUCACUCCGUUUGUGUGUGUGUGUGUGUGUGUGUGUGUGUGUGUGUGUGCUGUGCAUUUGCUCAUAUGUGCGUGUGUGUGCAUGUAUAUUCAUGCUUGUCUGGGUUUUCAGUCUCUUGUGUAUGUCUGUUUGUUUAUCCCUGUGAAGAUAUGUACAGUGGGGUCUGAAAUAAUUGACACCCUUGAUAAAGACUGAGAUGGCCACUGCAAAAUGUUGAUUUUGUGUCCAAUUAACCAUUUCGUUGUGGAUUUUGAUGUGUGCUUGGAGUUAUUGUCUUACUGGAAGAUCCACUUGCGGCCAAGUUUCAGCCUCCUGGCAGAAGCAACCAGGUGUUUGGCUAAAAUAUCCUGGUACUGGGUAAAGUUCAUGAUGCCAUUGACCUUAACAAUGGCCCCAGGGGCCUCCCAAGUGGCGCAGUGGUCUAAGGCACUGCAUCACAGUGCUAGAGGUGUCACUACAGACCAGGGUUUGAUCCCAGGCUGUGUCGCAGCCGGUCGCGACCGGGAGACCCAUGAGACGGCGCACAAUUGGCCCAGCGUCGGCCAGGUUAGGGGAGGGUUCGGCCGGCCGGGAUGUCCUUGUCCCAUCGUGCUCUAGGGCCGGGCGCAUGCACGCUGACUCAUGUCAGCAGUUGUAUAGCGUUUCCUCCGAAACAUUGGUGUGGCUGGCUUCCGGGUUAAGCGAGCAGUGCGUCAAGAAGCUUGGCAGGGUCGUGUUUUGGAGGACGCAUGGCUCUCGACCUUCGCCUCUCCCGAGUCCAUACGGGAGUUGCAGCGAUGGGACAAGACUGUAACUACGAAAUGGGGAGAAAAAGGGGUAAAAAGUAUAAAAACUAAAAAAAAAUAUGGCACCAGGACCAGUGGAAGCCAAAUAUCCCCAUAACAUAAAGGAUCCACCAGCAUAUUUUACAGUAGGUAUGGGGUUCUUUCUGCUCGUCCUCAUUUCGACCCCAAACCCACCCCUGGUGUCCUGUUUGGAACCCAGGAAGAGUAGCUGCUAAUGGGGAUCCCAAUAAAUACUAAUACUGGUGUGUGUGGCUAAAGAGCUCUAUUUUCAUGUCAUCCAACAAAUGUAAACGUCUGGAGUUUGAUAAAUGGCAUUGCAACUUCGAUAGGAACCGGUGCUUUGGUCAGAUUACACAAAAAUAGAGCUAUUUGGCCACGCACACCAAUGGUGGGUUUGGGGUCGAAAUGAGAAUGCAUAAGCAGAAAAGAACCCCAUACAUACUAUAAAAUAUAGUGGUGGAUCCUUUAUGUUAUGGGGAUAUUUUGCUUCCACUGGUCUUGGGGAUCUUGUUAAGGUCAAUGGCAUCAUUAACUUUACCCAGUACCAGGACUUUUUGGCCAAAAACCUGGUUGCCUCUGCCAGGAGGCUGAAACUUGGCCGCUAGUAGAUCUUCCAGCAAGACAACCCCAAGCACACAUCAAAAUCCACAAAGAAAAGGUUAAUUGGCCACAAAAUCAAGUAUUUAGUUGGACAGUGAAGCUAAAACGUUUAAUUUGGCUCUAUACUCCAGUAUUUGGGAUUUGAGAUCAAAUGUUUUAUAUAAUGUGACAGCACAGAAUGUCACCUUUUAUUUUAGGGUAUUUUCAUACAUAUCUGUUUUACCGUUUAGAAAUGAAUGGACUUUAUUUAUCUAGUCCCCCCAUUUGAAAGUAUUUGGACAAAUUCACUUGGAAAAGACAGAAUAAAGUCUGCAGUAACCUAGGAGACUUUAGGACCUGAUUUGGAAGCUCCUCUAUUCCUGUUACUUGUUGCUUUUUGAGCAUGUUUUGUGCCUGUUUAGCCAUGUGUGUGUGUGUGUGUGUGUGUGUGUGUGUGUGUGUGUGUGUGUGUGUGUGUGUGUAUGUGUGCAUGCGUGCAGCCGUGCAUGUUUUUGUGUGUCUUUGUCUUUGCGCACGUGUGUGUUUAUACUCCAAGGCCAUGUUCACUUAAACAUAGAAAGAGGAGCUGCCUAUCACAGAGUCCAUUCACCCUGGCCUGUGCCAUUCAUUUAUCUCUCUCUCUCUCUCUCUCUCUCUCUCUCUCUCUCUCUCUCUCUCUCUCUCUCUCUCUCUCUCUCUCUCUCUCUCUCUCUCUCUCUCUCUCUCUCUCUCUCUCUCUCUCUCUCUCUCUCAUCUCUCUCUCUCUCUCUCUCUCUCUCUCUCUCUCUCUCUCUCUCUCUCUCUCUCUCUCUCUCUCUCUCUCUCUCUCUCAUUAUUCAAUUUCUUUAUUGCUCUGAAUAUAAAUGUUAUUUUGCCUAUUUCUCUUUUCUGUCUGGAUAUCAUAUAGAUGGUGGACAAUCUAAUCCUGCUAUUGACUGAAUGUCUGUCUCUUACCACAUGAAUACUGUUGUGAAUGGAGUUUGGCCGUUUUAAAUGGUGUACAUUGUGAAAUAAAAUAAGCAUGUUUUUUUCAAAUAUCUUGUUGAUUGAUGACCAAUCAAGGGCAUUGUGCAUGACUUCAACAGAAGAACCAUAUGCUUGGGUUGUUUGCUUAAGAAUGUUUCCCAGUAAAUAUUUAGCUAUCCUUCUGAUCAUGCAUGCAGAUUAAUUUUAUUUUUUACAUAUAUGAGUUAUUUGAGACGACUAUGAUAAGCAGUUGUCUAGCUGCACCCCUAGUAGUUUGGUUUCUGCCACUUCCUCAAUUUGUACUCCCCCAUACUUAAUUGCAUCCCAUGCUGUGUUGGCCUUUUCCUGGUGGAACAGACCAACAUAACCUUGGUUUUCUUGGUGUUUAAAACAAGUUUGUACCGGCAAACCCACUCCCUGUUAUUUCCCAGAUCUACCUGUAGAGCUUGCUGUACCUGUUGAAACGAUUGUCUUGCUGUAUAAAUUGUAGUAUAAUCUGCAAAUAUAGUAGCUUGAGUUUCAGAUAAGGCAUAAGGAAGGUGGUUGGUAUAUAUUAAGUAAAGAAGUGGCCCAAGGCAGCUGCCCUGUGGUAUUCCACAGUUUAAAGCAUGAGGGGAAGAAAACAACCCAUUGAUAUAGGUGGACUGUUUCCUGUCAGUUAGAUAUGACUGUACCCAAUUCAAUGCUGCCUCCGUAAACCCAUAAUGCAAUAAUUUUGUCUAAAUUAUUUAAUGGUCCAUUAAAUCAAAUGCUGCACUAAAAUCUAAAAAUUGUACAUCCACAAACCUGCCAUUAUCCAUAGCAUUGAGCCACUGGUCAGUCAUGUCAACCAAUGCAGUGGUAGUGGAAUGUUUUUUGCGAUAAGCAUGCUGAUUGGCUGUGAUCAGAUCAUUAUUUUCCAUGUACUCAAUAUGUGUCUACUUACAAUACCCUCCAAUAUCUUACUGAGUGAAGGGAGUAGACUAAUUGGUCGACUGUUGGCAGGAGUAAUGGGUUCUUUGCUGUCUUUCGGGAUUGAACACAGUUUAGCAUGCUUCCAUACAUUUGGAAAGGUCCCCUUUUCCAGUGACCAAUUAAAUAUGUAUUUCAGUGGAGCUGCAAUCUGGGGAGCAGCAUAGCAAAGUAAAAAAUUAUCCAUAAGAUCAUAACCUGUAGAUUUACCAUUGGGUAAUGACUUCAAUAGGUUUAAUACCUCUUCUACUGACACCAUUUGUAAACUAAAAGAGUAAUAAUAUGAUCAUCAAUCCAUUGAACAAUAGCUUGUUUGGAAGAAUGGGUGUUUACAUUAUCGCUCAGUAAAUUUGUUUUCUUUGUAAAUAAAAUCAGCAAAAUGAUUGGCAAUAUCAGUUGGUUUUGUUAUUGUUCUCCAGUCAACCUCCACACUAGAUGGGCAUGAUGAGACAGUAAGCCCUUAACUGUAUUCCAUACCUUUUUUGAAUAAUUUUUUACAAUCAAUAAAAGCAUUUUUUUAAAUUAAAUUAUUUUCUUGCGAUUUAAUUUAACUGCAUAAUUGUGUCGUGUUCUAUAAUUAGAUUUGGCAGCUAAGACUUUUGCCAUAUUUAUUUCAGAAAAUGCCUCACCCAGUUCAUCAUCAAUCCAUGGAGAUGGACGUGCCCCAACUGUACUCUUUCUUACUGGGGCAUGAUGGUCCAUUACCUCAGUGAGCAAAUCAAUAAAACAUUCUGUAGCGUGAUUUAAAUCAUCCUCUAGAUAAAUCAGCUCCCAGGGUACAGCAGUCAAAUCAUUUUGAAAUAGCUCAUGAAGAAAUGUUUUAACAUUUCUCUUGACCACAAUCCUUGGGGGUUUCUUUGGAACCUUGGUGUUCAUGGUUAUGGUCACAAUGUUAUGGUCUGUCCAGCCCACUAGCAUUGUCUGGAUGUCGGGGUGGACUACAAUGCAGACUUCAGAGAUCUCUCUCAUUCUUCCCCUCAGCUUCUCUCUCUCUCAAUCAAUUCAAUUUAAUCAAUUUAAGGGCUUUAUUGGCAUGGGAAACGUAUGUUAACAUUGCCAAAGCAAGUGAAGUAGAUAGUAAACAAAAGUGAAAUAAACAAUAAAUAUUAACAGUAAACAUUACACUCAGAAGUUUCAAAAGAAUAAAGACAUUUCAAAUGUCAUAUUAUGUAUAUAUACAGUGUUGUAACAAUGUGCAAAUAGUUAAAGUACAAAUGGGAAAAUAAAUAAACAUAAAUAUGGGUUGUAUUUACAAUAGUGUUUGUUCUUCACUGGUUGCGCUUUUCUUGUGGCAACAGGUCACAAAUCUUGCAGCUGUGAUGGCACACUGUGGUUUUUCACCCAGUAGAUAAGGGAGUUUAUCAAAAUUGGGUUUGUUUUCUAAUUCUUUGUGGAUCGCUGUAAUCUGAGGGAAAUAUGUGUCUCUAAUAUGGUCAUACAUUUGGCAGGAGGUUAGGAAGUGCAGCUCAGUUUCCACCUCAUUUUGUGGGCAGUGUGCACUCUCUCUCUCUCUCUCUCUCUCUCUCUCCUCUCUCUCUCUCUCUCUCUCUCUCUCUCUCUCUCUCUCUCUCUCUCUCUCUCUCUCUCUCUCUCUCUCUCUCUGUCUCAGUUUUUCUCUAUCAGUGUUUUUCUCUAAUCUCUUUCUCUCUCACUCUCUCUCAUCCUCUCCUCUCCUCUCACUCAUUCUCAGUUUUUCUGUCUUUCCACUGCCUUUCUCCCUCUCCCUCUCUUCUUUGCGCCAUCUCUCCCUCACCCUGGCCCUUCUUUAAUCAAGAUGACAAGCUUAUAAAUCAAUCGUUGAUCCUGAGGCCAACAUGCCGUCACACACACACACACACACACACACACACACACACACACACACACACACACAAACACACAAACAAACGCACACACUUACACACAUUCUUCUUCUGAGUCAUGCAGGUCACACCACUAAGUCGCGGUGUUCGCCAGGGGCCAAUUGCAUUAGACUAGACUGCUCAGCUGUAGUGAUAUAUGACUAAAUCUAUUUUAUUGUUGCUUUUAUUUGUCAUUUAUGAUAAAGUAUGUGUUUUGUGGACAGAUUUCUAUUCCAGAACUGUGUAAGGUCAGGAAAUAUCACUUGAACUUUGCACUUUGCACUUGUAAACCCUCCCCGUUUCAUGGAUGUCUGUUGUUUUGCUUUCUGAGAUGUUUUUUGCAAGCAAACACUUCCUCAGGUCAGGAGUUAGUUAUUGGAAUGUGGAAGUAAAAUUAGUAUUAUUGGAUUUACUUUAGUCAAGCUGUACCUAUUCUUCUAAGGUUUCUGGUUGAAACCAAAAUCAGAACAUAGCGCUAUUGUCCGUUUUGCGUAAUCGGUGACCAAUAUCAUUAAAUUCCAACUGAACUCACUGUGGAUGAAGAACUAUUGCCUAGUAAGCAAAGCCUGUAAGCUACACUGAUGUCAUGUGAAGUGUCAUGUGAUUAAUGUGAUUAUGGCUUUAGAGAGGAAGAGAGUGAGUUAGAGUCCAGAAAUCACCAUCCUGAUUUUAUUGGUUUUGUGACAGUCAGUAUUUGGGGGCCGCUGAUGGGCCCUUGGUCACAUAGGGGCCCCCUCAGCCCCACUCGGCCCGAUGUUUAAACUCUUAUCAGAGGUGCUAUUUCACUUUGUUGACUCCAUUCAACACGGUCCCCCUGGGUCUUGUAAAAUGUAGGACCAUCAAUAGUUUUCAUAUUCUUACAGGAGAGGUUGUGAGUUUACAGAGUGCUGUUGUGUUUUAUGGGUCCUCGGGGACACCGUAGCGCUGUCUGUGGGCCUGGACAUUAGCUUACAGAGAGAGGGUUAGGCAGAGUUCAGAGAGAACCCACUUCUCUAAAUCAAACACACACUGAAAUAUACACACCAACACACACACACACACACACACACACACACACACACACACACACACACACACACACACACACACACACACACACACAUAAACACAGUAGAGAUGUGUACACAGCAGGUUUGUCUUGACAGAACCUCUCCAGACUACUCUAAACCGCCCUAUGCCACUCAUACAACCCCCCCCCCCCCCCCACACACACACACACACACCAUUAACAACACAAGUGGUUUAUAUCUCUGACCAUCUGCUCAUUAGGUUUGCCUCAUUUAACAGGGACGCUCUGUGACAUCAUUACACAGGGACAGUCUGUCUGUCAGACUGUCAGUCUGUCUGUGUGUCUGUCUGUGCACUCUGGAUGUCUCAGUACUUCAGAUCACACAGAGAAGUCAGACGAACAAAGAAUUGUAAUUGGAUAAAGACUCCUGUUAACUUGUCAUUAGACCUUAGGGCCUACACUAAUAUAUAGCACCCACAUGGAAAAUGUGCUCUGGGUAGAAGUCAACCUUAACCACUGAUCUAGGAUCAGCUGAGCUUACCUUCACUACAUCUUAACUUUAGGGGAGAAAGUGCAAAACUGACCUAAGAGCAGUGUACUACCUGACUCCAAACAAUGCACAUCAGCUGUUUAUUGCUAGAAUGAUCACCACACAUCUGUUGAGUAUUGGUAUGCACGCCCUUUUCUGUGGUGUUUUCCAAUGACAUAAGGCCCCACAAAUUAUUCAACCCACAAGUUAUUUCCAUAAAAUGUCCAUCAUUAUUCAAGCCAAUGUUGAUAUAUGUUAUUCAUGUUGUUAAAGUUGUCCAGACAUCUCUUACCAGCGUUCACUCCACCCAAACACAAAGGAUCAAAGACUGUCUCAAACCACACAAUGAAGCUGACCCUCUGUCCCUCUCCUCUUCUACCAAAACCACCCCUCCCCCUCUUCCAACUGACCUCUUAUAUCAGCAGUAGCCCCUGGCAACACCAAUAGGAACAGAUGCUGUGGGGCUGGCCCGCCUUUUGACCCCCAUUGACCUAUGAACCCUCUUGUUUGUGAAUGGACGGGUCAUCCGAUAUGCGCCACCAGAACCAUAUAGAGUUUCUGGGCCUCACAAACUGCCUGAAUUAGGGCUCGUUUUGAACCACAAAUCUAGGAUCAGAUUUCCCCGGCUCCAAUCCUAGCCUUACUAUAAAUGGGAUUAUGGAAAUGACUGUCCUUACGGAAAAAUCACAUUAUUUUACAUGUGAAAUUUAAACAUGUAAAAUUGAAUUUCACAGGUGAAAUCAUGUGAAACCAUGUGGUUUUGGAACACCUCAUAUGAGAUAAUUAUUUCAUUUGAUGCCCUGCAAACAAAAAUUAGUUGUUAGGAUGUCCCUGGAACAUCAUACAUAUUUGACACACAUGAUUACAUUGUUUAUGUUUAUUUAUACAGUAAUUAUUAUUCAACAUUUCCUCACCUGGGAUUUGAACUCAAAACCUCUUGGUUCACGGCAUUCUGAUCUUCCUGCUACUCUGAUCAAUAACUGAUUUCACCUGUAUUCCUAUACUUUGGACUUCAAAGUAAAUAUCAGCUUUGUUAAAAAUACACUCAAGAAAAACUAUUAUAUUUGUCAUAGUGAUUCAGGAGUAAUAUGAAAACAGAAUAAUACAAAAAAAACUAAAAUUGCAGAAAUAAGUAAAUGAAAUCAAUGAUGAGAGAAAAGUCAGAUUAACUGAUAACUAAAAUAGCAGUGCAGAUGGCACUCUUUUGCUAAAUGCAGAGAUGUAUUAUAAGUAAUGACUAUGUACUUCUGAGAAUGUUACAGACUUUGUGGUGCAGCAGAAAGAUCAGCUUACGCCUAAAUAUUGAGGUUGUGAGUUCAAAUCCCAGGUGGGGUCAUAUUGAAAAGGCAGCACUAAGUAAUCAUGUUGAUUAAAGAUGUUUACACUAUUUUGGCUGAACAGCGUACCACUUACCUUAAAACCCCCAUACCAUUUCAAAUUUGACAAACUUUCACAUCUAACUCUCAUAUGUAGAAUUGCGUUUUCACGUGAAAAACAUUCACAUGUGAAAAUCGGAUUUGCAUUAACACAUGAAUAACUUUCACAUGUGAAAAUCUAACUCUCAGUUUUAUGUUGUCACAUGUUAUCACAUUAACUUCACAUAAGAUCACAUGUGAUCACAACAAAAUUAGUGUUUUUUCUGUUAGGGUGGCCGGAGACUUACAGCCUACUUCUCACAAACACAAAGGCCGUGUCACACUGAAAUCCUUCCCCUCCAGAUGUUAUGGAUGCAUUGAUCCGAUGUAAUAAGAUGUGUACUUCCUGUGUGCUGAUGGUUUCUCUAUUGUGUGUGUCACAGGUACAGAGACCUAGUGGACACCACUCUAGCUGACAACAAGAAGCUGUCCUCGGAGGAGAAAUGUCGCUUUGUUCUGCAGCAGUGCAAACUCCAAGGAUGGCAGGUGCAUACUGGUGUCACGUGCAUACUGAGUCAGAAGUCGACACGCCAGAGAGAGAAGAGAGCUAGAGAUCGUGAGAGGAGAAGUCGAAUCUCGACUGCUCAGAGCGAUGAGAGAUGAUCUACUCUCGAUAUAUCUUCUCGCUGCUAUAUACUAAGAUUCUAUAUCUCAUAGAUCGCAUCUCGCCUAUAUCUAUCUUAUCUCUCUCUAUAUCGCUCCGCUUCGCGCUCUCUCUCUCUCUCUCUCUCUCGUAUCUCUCUCUCUCUCUCUCUCUUCUCUACUAUCCUGUCUUUCACAUUUCUCUCUAUCCCACACUCUCUGCUCAAACACAUAGUAUGGGAAGAUAAAUAAUUUGAGCCCAGAAUGAAAUACUUUGAAAUCCCAUGGACUCCUCAUUAAAUCCUAUUACAGCUGCCCCGCAACCAACCCCACUAGCCUUCACACACACACACAAACUAGAGUCCUGCAUGGGUAAGUUUUUUGGAGCCGCACCCGGCCACAUCAAUUCCAAGCCCCACCCGAUACCCGACAUCAGGAUAGAUUUUUCUCCACAACCCGUCACACCCGCAUGGAAUUGUUCUAAGAGCCAAUCUGUUACCAGCCAUAUGACAAACAUCAAUUUAUUUAAUUGUUUUCAUGAUUCCUGAGUAGUAGGCUAUGUUUCCCCUUCCCUGCAUGAAUUAAUUUGUCUGCAUGUCUAUUCAACAUUUGGAUAAAAGUAAACCAUGCCAUGAAUUAAGAACAAUAGGCUAUCUUUUUUAUUUUCACAAUGCAAUGCGUCACAUUGACAACUUAAAUCGCUUUAAGAAAAAUAGCCUUCCAAUUAGCCUUCUUACCUAAUGAAAGCAUAUAGGCGACAUAACACAACAAUAUCUUUACAUUCAAUAUUAUUUAGAUAAUCAUAAAGUUCAAUUUAAAUGAACAAUUCCCAGAAUUGAAUAUAGGCUGCAAAAAUAGGCUACUUUUAUUUAGUAGCAUAUAGGCCUACUCAAACUUUAACCAGCCGCACCGGUUUACACUUUAUAUGGCCUGCUAUGGUCUAAAUGAACGAAAGCCUGAAUAACGUAGGCUAAUAAUUAACUGAUAAUUAACUAAAUUACAUAUCAUAAAUAAAUACCUGCUUGCACUUUUUGCAGGCUGUGUAUCCAUCUACUGUCUUGUUGUCCUUCCAAACCGGGGAUUUUCCAAUAAAUGGUAUAGCCUAUUCCCCCAUCAUAACCUCUCUUUUGAUUUCUCUAGUUAGGCCUACAUUAGCCAUUUUGACGUGAGGUAGGCUAGCCAGGGAAAGUAAACUUGGCUAUGUGUCGUUGCCUAUUCUCACACGGGGGGAGGGAACAUAAGCUCUCCACGUGGACAAUUAGAAUGUUUCAAGACACACAAAUAAUGGACAGUUUCCUGCUCCACACUCUCUCAACGCGUGUGUGGCUAGUAGCCUUGCCGCUCACAGAAUGGAAUUUGCAACACAACAAGCUCCUCGGUUUGUAAAAAGUGUAGGCCCUGUUAUCUUGUUUUAAAACAUUUCAAGCUGACCCGCGGUUUAAAAUAAUGUUUUCAUUCCACCCGCCAUCUGAUUUUUUUUGCGGGUGACCCACGGGGAACAGUGGGUAUCCGAACGGAUGGAGGACUCUAACACACACACACACCAAUAAGCAGUCUGGACCGGCCAAUGGCAUCUCCCCCCUCCAUUCCCUGUGUGUGUGACCUCUUUGGGUCAUGGUGGCUCCGGUUCACACACACACAAACGCACACGUUCUCUCACAAUGCCUCCCAGACACUUUCUCACUCGUACCCAGGCCAGACCCACACACAAACAUUUCUGAGAAGUGGUGAGUAUAGGAAUGAAUAGUCUGGGUGUGUUGGAGCAUGUCGGCCCCUUGGCCUGUGCACCUGUCGGGACACAUGGAUAACUACAACAAACGUAAUUAAUCCUGGAACUGACUGAACCCCAACCCUCUGUCUGUCUGUCUGUCUGUCUGUCUGUCUGUCUGUCUGUCUGUCUGUCUGUCUCUCUCUCUCUCUCUCUCUCUCUCUCUCUCUCUCUCUCUGUCUGUCUCUCUUUCGCUCACUCUCUCUCUCUCGCUGUGUCUGUCUGUCUCUCUCUCUCUCUCUCUUCUCUCUUCUUCUCUCCUGUCUGUCUGUCUCUCUCUCUCUCUCCUUCUCUCUCUCUCUAUCUUCUCUCUCUCUCUCUCUCUCUCUCUCUGGCUCUCUGGUCUUUCUUUCUGUCUCUCUCUCUCUCUCUCUCUCUCUCUCUCUCUCUCUCUCUCUCUCUCUCUCCUCUCUCUCUCUCUCUCUCUCUCUCUGUCUCAGAUGAGCAGUAGAAAGGUAUUUCUGAGGUACUGGCAGGCUGACCAUCUCAACGACCGCUGCCACCAACUACACAGGAAGAUCAUCACCUGCCAGAAAGGUACAACACAACUUGUAUCCCUGUGUGUGUGUGUGUGUGUGUGUGUGUACAUGUGCGUAUGUAUUAUUAACCCCUCUCUCCCCCUAUCCUCUGUCAGUGAUCCGUGGUUGGCUUGCCAAGCAGCGUGUGCGUCGUAGACUGUCAUCCCAACAGACGGAGGACUGCAGUGUCCAGAGGUUCCUCCAGGGGGCAGAAGACCAGGGCUUGCACACCUACGACCACCUGGUCAUCCAGAACGCCUCCAACAUCACCCGCAAAAGCGACCACCAGUGCUGCCAUGGCAAUGGGUCACACGGCAACAGCCCACCCCUUGGGGAGAGGCCUGAGCCAGUUGGGAAAGAGGGGGACACACCCAAGAGGUAGGAGACCAACCCUUUCGCCCCUUGUAGAGAAGUUGCUUGUGGUGGUUUUGUGUUUCUUCAUUGGUUUGAAGCUAAUUGUAUAAUAAUAUAAUAUGCCAUUUAGCAGAUGCUUUUAUCCAAAGCGACUUACAGACAUGUGCGCAUACAUUUUUAAGUAUGGGUGGUCCCGGGGAUCGAACCCACUACCCUGGCGUUACAAGCGCCAUGCUCUACCAAUUGAGCUACAGAGGACCACUCUAAUUGUAUCAUGUAAUAUAAUGAUUUAGACUAUGUUCUGUAGCUGUUGCAUCAAUGUAAGUAAUUCCAAACCUUCACAGACACUGUAAGGAUUUCAAGGUCACAAGGUGUGUGUGUGUGCGUGCGUGCAUGUGUGUGUUAAAUGUGUGUCUAUGUGCCUGUGUGUGUGUACAAUGUGUGUGUCAUGUGAUGUGAGUAAUGGUGUCAUUGAGCCUGUGCUGGCUGGUGGCUUUAAUUGCAUAUGAUGAUUGAUAGUAGGAUAAUGAGAUAAACCAUCAGCAUGUGGUAAUGUUUCAACUCUGUCGCCGUGACGACAUUCUGGCCUCCUUGCAUUAUACAGCUUUUAGUUGGCAUGGCAACCAUCGUUUAAAGCUUGGUGGCCAUUUUCUUAAGUCUAGGCACUAGGGAAGGAGAGAGGCUGUCAUUUUAGAAUAUAUUCCUGUAUUCCUUCUGAACAUGGUAAUAAGACAGAGAUAAGCCUCCAAUUGGCCUGUCUGAUUGUGUUUGAAAAUACAAUUUAACACUGAGGUGUACAUCCUGCAGAAAGAGGAAGGAAACACAGACACAACUGGUAACCCCCCCUUUCAGGCAUCAUUUUCUCUCUCACUCAUUCUGUCAUCAUCAGUAUUACAUUUACAUUUUAGCAGACAGUCUUAUCCGUAGCAACUUACAGUAGUGAGUUCAUACAUUUUCAUAUUUUUUGUACUGGUCCCCCGUGGGAAUCAAACCCACAACCCUGGCGCUUGCAGCGCCAUGCUCUACCAACUGAGCUACAUGGGACCCCUGUGGGAGUAUCAGGGGUGAACAGGUGAGGGAGGGAUGGUAUGUGGAGAGGAGGAAGGGGGUUAUGGGGAGAGAAGGUGUGGGGGAAGGGGGGUAUGGUGGGGAGGGGAGGGGUGGGGGGUUCGCUGGGAUCCCUGUGGGAGUGUCCCAUGCCAGAUUACUACGCUACUCCCACUUUUACCAAAGUCGGUAACCUCUUCAGACAUACACACACAGACAGACAGACCCCCCCACCCCCACAUGGUCCAGAGGGACCAACAGAUGGCUUCCUCCAGAUUAUAGAAGGAAAUAUCAAACUCCAGAGUGAAUAUCAUAUCAAAUCGAAUCAAAUCAAAUCAAAUUUUAUUGGUCACAUGCGCCGAAUACAACAGGUGCAGACAUUACAGUGAAAUGCUUACUUACAGCCCUUAACCAACAGUGCAUUUAUUUUUAACAAAGAAAGUAAAAAUAAAACAACAACAAAAAAAGUGUUGAGAAAAAAAGAGCAGAAGUAAAAUAAAAUAACAAUAGGGAGGCUAUAUAUACAGGGGGGUACCGGUGCAGAGUCAAUGUGCGGGGGCACCGGCUAGUUGAGGUAGUUGAAGUAAUAUGUACAUGUGGGUAGAGUUAAAGUGACUAUGCAUAAAUAAUUAACAGAGUAGCAGCACCGUAAAAAGGAUGGGGUGGGGGGGGCAGUGCAAAUAGUCCGGGUAGCCAUGAUUAGCUGUUCAGGAGUCUUAUGGCUUGGGGGUAGAAGCUGUUGAGAAGUCUUUUGGACCUAGACUUGGCACUCCGGUACCGCUUGCCGUGCGGUUAGCAGAGAGAAACAGUCUAUGACUAGGGUGGCUGGAGUCUUUGACAAUUUUGAGGGCCUUCCUCUGACACCGCCUGGUAUAGAGGUCCUGGAUGGUAGGAAGCUUGGCCCCAGUGAUGUACUGGGCCGUACGCACUACCCUCUGUAGUGCCUUGCGGUCGGAGGCCAAGCAGUUGCCAUACCAGGCGGUGAUGCAACCAGUCAGGAUGCUCUCGAUGGUGCAGCUGUAGAAUUUUUUGAGAAUCUGAGGACCCAUGCCAAAUCUUUUCUGUCUCCUGAGGGGGAAUAGGCUUUGUCGUGCCCUCUUCACGACUGUCUUGGUGUGUUUGGACCAUGAUAGUUCGUUGGUGAUGUGGAAACCAAGGAACUUGAAGCUCUCAACCUGUUCCACUACAGCCCCGUCGAUGAGAAUGGGGGCGUGCUCAGUCCUCUUUUUUUUCCUGUAGUCCACGAUCAUCUCCUUUGUCUUGGUCACGUUGAGGGAGAGGUUGUUGUCCUGGCACCACACGGCCAGGUCUCUGACCUCCUCCCUAUAGGCUGUCUCAUCGUUGUCGGUGAUCAGGCCUACCACUGUUGUGUCGUCGGCAAACUUAAUGAUGGUGUUGGAGUCGUGCCUGGCCAUGCAGUCAUGGGUGAACAGAGAGUACAGGAGGGGACUGAGCACGCACCCCUGAGGGGCCCCCGUGUUGAGGAUCAGUGUGGCUGAUGUGUUGUUACCUACCCUUACCACCUGGGGGCGGCCCGUCAGGAAGUCCAGGAUCCAGUUGCAGAGGGAGGUGUUUAGUCCCAGGAUCCUUAGCUUAGUGAUGAGCUUAGAGGGCACUAUGGUGUUGAAUGCUGAGCUGUAGUCAAUGAAUAGCAUUCUCACGUAGGUGUUCCUCUUGUCCAGGUGGGAAAGGUCAGUGUGGAGUGCAAUAGAGAUUGCAUCAUCUGUGGAUCUGUUGGGGCGGUAUGCAAAUUGGAGUGGGUCUAGGGUUUCUGGGAUAAUGCUGUUGAUGUGAGCCAUGACCAGCCUUUCAAAGCACUUCAUGGCUACAGACGUCAGUGCUACGGGUCGGUAGUCAUUUAGGCAGGUUAUCUUAGAGUCAUUGGGCACGGGGACUAUGGUGGUCUGCUUGAAACAUGUUGGUAUUACAGACUCAGUCAGGGACAUGUUGAAAAUGUCAGUGAAGACACUUGCCAGUUGGUCAGCACAUGCUCGGAGUACACGUCCUGGUAAUCCGUCUGGCCCUGCGGCCUUGUGAAUGUUGACCUGCUUAAAAGUCUUACUCACAUCGGCUACGGAGAGCGUGAUCACAUAGUCAUCCGGAACAGCUGGUGCUCUCAUGCAUGCUUCAGUGUUGCUUGCCUCGAAGCGAGCAUAGAAGUGGUUUAGCUCGUCUGGUAGGCUUGUGUCACUGGGCAGCUCGCGGCUGUGCUUCCCUUUGUAGUCUGUAAUAGUUUUCAAGCCCUGCCACAUCCGACGAGCGUCAGAGCCAGUGUAGUACGAUUCAAUCUUAGUCCUGUAUUGACUCUUUGCCUGUUUGAUGGUUCGUCGGAGGGCAUAGCGGGAUUUCUUAUAAGCGUCCGGGUUAGAGUCCCGUUCCUUGAAAGCGGCAGCUCUACCCUUUAGCUCAGUGCAGAUGUUUCCUGUAAUCCAUGGCUUCUGGUUGGGGUAUGUACGUACGGUCACUGUGGGGACGACAUCAUCGAUGCACUUAUUGAUGAAGCCAGUGACUGAUGUGGUGUACUCCUCAAUGCUGUCUGAAGAAUCCUGGAACAUGUUCCAGUCUGUGCUAGCAAAACAGUCCUGUAGCUUAGCAUCUGCGUCAUCUGACCACUUUUUUAUUAACCGAGUCACUGGUGCUUCCUGCUUUAGUUUUUGCUUAUAAGCAGGAAUCAGGAGGAUAGAGUUAUGGUCAGAUUUGCCAAAUGGAGGGCGAGGGAGAGCUUUGUAUGCGUCUCUGUGUGUGGAGUAAAGGUGGUCUAGAGUUUUUUUUCCUCUGGUUGCACAUUUAACAUGCUGGUAGAAAUUAGGUAGAACGGAUUUAAGUUUCCCUGCAUUAAAGUCCCCGGCCACUAGGAGCGCUGCAUCUGGAUGAGCGUUUUCCUGUUGAUUUAUGGCCUUGUACAACUCAUUCAGUGCAAUCUUAAUGCCAGCAUUGGUUUGUGGUGUUAAAUAGAUAGCUAUGAAAAAUAUAGAUGAAAACUCUCUUGGUAAAUAGUGUGGUCUACAGCUUAUCAUAAGAUACUCUACCUCAGGCGAGCAAAACCUCGAGACUUCCUUAGUAUUUGAUUUUGUGCACCAGCUGUUGUUUACAAAUAUACACAGACCGCCACCCCUUGUCUUACCGGAGUCAGCCGUUCUAUCCUGCCGAUGUAGCGUAUAGCCCGCUAGCUGUAUGUUAUCCAUGUCGUCAUUCAGCCACGACUCGGUGAAACAUAAGAUAUUACAGUUUUUAAUGUCCCGUUGGUAGGAUAACCGUAAUCUUAGGUCAUCCAAUUUGUUAUCCAAUGAUUGAAGAUUGGCUAAUAGGAUUGAUGGAAGAGGCAGUUUACUCGCUCGCCGUCGGAUCCUUACAAGGCACCCCGAUCUACGUCCACGAUAUCUCCGUCUCUUCCUCACGCGAAUGACGGGGAUUUGGGCCUUGUCGGGUAUCUGUAUGAUAUCCUUCGCGGCCGCCUCGUUGAAGAAAAAAUCUUCGUCCAAUAUUACAGCAUGUAAUGUUUGGUUGGAACCAGGAUCAAACAUCACCAGAAGGUGUGUUGGUCCAUGGUGAGGGGAAGGAGAGAGAGGAGGAGAGAUAUAAUGAGAUGGGAUGGAAAGAAAGAGAGGAAGAGAGAGAAAUUGAGCAAUAGAGGGAAAGAAAGCAAUGGUGUUGAAAAUUGAAAAUUUGUUCAUUUAUGUUCAUUUAUUUAUCAUGUGGAUAUGAUUUCCUGCUCCCCUCCAAUAGGGUUGUGGAGAAGAGCGGGAGAAACCAAGAUGGCUCGGUUAGUGGGGGGAGCCGGACUACCGGCCACUUCCGCUCCAGCUCGGUGCCCAUCCCCCUGGCUAUGGAGAACUUGGUACAUUCCAGCCCUGGCCCAUCCAUCAAAACAGCCCUGCAGCAGGCGGUCUAUAACACUGAGGACGGGGGAGGAGGUGGGGGCCUGGCGUCGCCACGGAAACAACCUCCCCCCAAACCCAAGCGGGACCCCAACACUCGUCUGAGUGCGUCGUACGAGGCGGUCAGUGCCGGACUGACCCUGGGACCCUCGAGAGAGAGUCCCACCCCCGAGAACUAUGGGUCGCCUGCAGGGAGCCCCCCCAAAACACAGCUGUCACCUACGGAUGGUAAACAAAAUUCUAACAUACUUCUCAACUAUCAUUACCUCAGCCUUUAUGUACCCCAAAACACAGCUGUCACCUACGGAUGGUAAACACAAUUCUGACAUACUUCUCAACUAUUAUUACCUCAGCCUUUAUGUACCCCAAAACACAGCUGUCACCUACUGAUGGUACAUAUACACACUCCAACAGCCCAACUCAUAUAAUCUAAACUUCUUUGAACCUCAAAACACAGCUGUCACCUACUGAUGGUACAUAUACACACUCCAACAGCCCAACUCAUAUAAUCUAAGCUUCUUUGAACCCCAAAACACAGCUGUCAGUGUGACUGUUGUGAACUGUUUCUCCUCUCAUCUCUCCCCAGCUCUGUCCAAGCCGCGGCCCCACAGUGAUGACUACACCACCAUGAGGAAGGUGCCUCCUCCCAAGCCCAAGAGGAGCCCAAACACCAAGCUCACAGGCUCCUACGAAGAGAUCAACGCUGCCGGCAUUAACCUCCUCCAGCUGCGCCCUGCCGAUGUCAAACUGGCCCUGCUGUCCCGCGCUGGGGGUCUGGGGGGUCUGGGGGGGUUGAUGCAACGCACAGCGUCUGUGGAUGGCCCACAGGGGGUGACACUGAGCCUGUACCAUGAUGAGGAGGAUGUGUACAUAGAGAUGGUGGGGGCUCAUGCCAGGAGUUACAGUCUGGGAGGGGGCCACCAGGACCCCCCCGACAGCCCCCAGCAGGGAGAUGCCGAGGCCGUCUACGAGGAGAUGAAGUACUUCCUGCCCGAGGAGGUGGGACUUCCGGUGGGACUUCCUGUGGGAGGCGCGGUUGCCGUGGCGACGGCCGCUGGGAAUCUGGAGGUGUUAGGGUUGAUGUUAGGAGGGUUAGGGUUGGGCUUGUCUCCCCCUCAGAGUGGGGAGGGGAAGAGGUCAGCGUUGGGGGGUGUAGCCACCACUAUGGAGGCCCAAACAUCAGCCACCGGAGGGGCCAGCAAUAUCCCUGCACCCUUCCCCAACCUGCUCCCACACCGCCCCCCUCUCCUGGUGUUCCCCCCCUCCCCCGUCACCUGCUCCCCUGCGUCUGACGAGUCGCCCCUCACCCCGCUGGAGGUGAAGAAGCUGCCUGUGUUUGAGACCAACCUGAACUACGUCGGCCCAGACAGCCCCCUCUCCCCCCAGUACUCCCGCCAGCGCGCUGACUCCUCCCCCUCUCUCUCCCUCCUCCUCCCAGACAAGCCCACUCCUCCUCUCACCCCUCCUCCUCCUCUCCCCAACGCCCUGCCUCCCCCCUACCGCCCACCCUCCCACUUCCCUUUCCCCCCAGAGUCCAGCAUCCUCUCCCUUACCCGGGCUGCUUCCGUCACGGGCGGUGGCAGCUCGGACUCUCCCAAACCCUCCUACUCCUCCUCCUCUUCCUCCUCUUCUCAUAGGGCAGGAGGGGAAAAGCCCCCUCCCUACUCUCCGGCCAAGUCCACCCGUCCAGAGCCACGCCGCGCCCACUCCUGCUCCUCCUCGCCCCUGCUGUUCAACCCAGCCAACGGGAGACCCCUGACCAGCCCUCAGCCAGCCCUGGACGAGCUCAACACACUGUUCAGCUCCGGACGCAGCCUGCUCAAGAAGACCACUACAGGACGCAAGAUGAGGGAGGGAGGUGAGUCAGAAUGUAACACACACACACUCUCAAGCUCUUUCCAUUGCUUCUCACACUUCUCCUGAGCCUAAAAGGUAGCUACAUAACGUAGAGCGUAUCCCAACAGUUCUUUAACAGCGAGAAGCUCUCCCCGUCCCUCUCUCCUCUCUGCUUUCCCGGCGUUAACCUUUGUUUUUCAUUGAAGGUGCUCCAUCAGUCAGAUUUAUGAGGCAGCAUUGGGCCGACCCUGACCACGCCUGGACACUGCCCCACCGUAGGGAAGGGAGAAAGGGGGAGGCAGACAGAUUUCCUCUACCUCUCUAUGUAAUCACUCACACACUGUCUCAUACUCCUCCUGACCCUCCCCCCCGGCCUAUACACACACACAUACACAUCUGACCCAGAACACCCCAGAACCAUGUGUGUGUGUGUAUGUGUGUAAAGGCAACAGAGCAAUCCCUCUCAAAUAGGGGGCAGAACAGAAGUGUUGAUAGGUUGGCACCUCCCCGAACCCCAUCCCAUUCCCCUGGGACCGCCCCUUUUUGCCACCCUCCAUUUUGAAAUGAGUACAAUGUGUUCGUACUUUGCCUAUAACUGCAGUGAUUUAAAGAGACAAUUUUACAAAACAAAUGUAUGUUCAAACUCUUCCCUUCAACACUAAAUAUGAUAUGAUUUAUGAACACAAGCCAUAACUGUUAGAUCAUUAAGAAACAUUAGACUCUUUCUCAUUGUUAACACUCUGGACACAGGAAUACACUCACUACUGUAGUCACUCCUCACACAAUGAAGGGGGAGAUGACUUGAGGACAGAAUACAGUGUAGUAGAGAUAUCCUUCUUUAAUCUAAAUAAGUAAUUGAGGACUUGAAGAAUGGCACUAACUCUACUUAUGAGAUAUCCCCCAGAAUGCUUUGGGCCUUAGAACCCAGAUAGAAACAGAAACACACAGGCUGACGUGUCACUUCUUUCCCGCUCAAUGUCACAUACAUAGAAAUAGAAUGAACCAUCAAGGCAAAUUGACCUGAAUGGGGAUGCCUGUUAUAGUUAUUAUUUCUCUGUGGUCAUGUGAUUACUUCCGGUAGUGGUCUACAUUAGGGCCCUAACCCUUCAUCUGUCCAGUGAAACCCCUGGCGUCAUGGAAACAGUCUGCAUGCAAGAGGAGGCUGGUAGUCAGGGUCUUGACCCCUGUGUUAUUUUGAGGAGUGAUGGCGGGGGAUCUGAGAACGGGAGAUGCCGCUGGGCUUAACGGGACAGCCUGCUUCCGUUCCCUCCCCUGCGCUAAACAGUUAUCUGUGAUACCCGACGCUCCGGGGUGGCCCCAGGGAUUAGGGGAAGUAUCCCAGCCAUGCCUGUGACAAGCAGCUGUUUCCCCCCUGCCUGCUCCUCCUGGGAGAUAUAGGAACGCUGCAGGAAUGCCAUGGGGAAAGGGCAGGUGGCGACGGGGCAUUCCCAAAGAAUCUUCUGUCUCAGGAGAAACAUUCCCUUCGAUUUAUGCACACACUUACACACAAUUAAACAAACACAUACCACUCUUUCAUUUAACUUUUCACUCACACACCUCUCUCUCUCUCUCUCUCUCUCUCUCUCUCUCUCUCUCUCUCUCUCUCUCUCCUCAUCCCCUACACACACACACACACACACACACACACACACACACACACACACACACACACACACACACACACAGUGGCACCUGUUUUGUGGGAGAAUUCUGGUGGUUAUAUUUAGUCCUCUUGUGACCAGGAGUCAGGCAUUCCCAAUAUGGGUUGGCAGAAUUCCCAUCACACAACACAUACAGACACACAAACACACACAACACACAUACACACGACAAACACACACACAUUCUGUCUGAGAGGGUCCUCUGAGCUGGUGGGCCUGGUAGGGGGGCAGUUGAUUCUGGAUUAUCGUCCCAGGAUUCUGGGAUGCAGAAGAGGCAUGGGCUUUUGGGGGGCUUUAGACUAGACUAGACUUACAGUUUAAUAUUAAACAUCCAAUUAAAUGCAUGGAAACAAACCAAUGGCAGUAAAAUUGUAAUGUGCAUGCAUGCGUGUGUAUGUGUGUGUGUGUGUGUGUGUGUGUGUGUGUGUGUGUGUGUGCGCGUGUCUCCUCCCAGGGUUCAACUCCAACAUCAACCUGCCAGGUAGAGAGGAGCACCCAGGCUCCACCCCCACCUCCUCGUCUCCGCAGCUACAGGACAAGAACGCCAACAACCACGCCCCCCCCUCCCCAAGCCCCACCCCCAUUGAGAACGGCAACCGGCUGUCCAACGGUAAGCGCCGAUGGAGGGGUUGGGGUCAUGGUGGGGUCAGGUGA